CGACAGCCACUUAGUGCUUACUCUGUAGCUACUUCCUCUGACCAACCUAGAUUCUGAAUACAGUCUUGCAACCCAAAAAAGCGAUCAAAUGGACAGAAUCCAGGACUUCAUCCGAGGCAUCCCUAAAGCGGAGCUCCACAUGCACAUCGAGGGAUGCAUUGAACCAGACCUAAUGUUUGCCCUCGCCCAGCGCAACGGCGUUCCCCUGCCCUGGGAAUCCCCGGAGACAUUGCGAGCCGCGUACCAGUUCAAUAACCUACAGUCGUUCCUCAACUUAUACUUUGAAGGGUGCAAAGUGCUGGUCAAGAAGCAGGACUUUUACGACGUGACGUACGCCUACCUGCAGCGGGCGCACGCGGACAAUGUCGUCCGCGCCGAGCUCUUCAUCGGGCCCCAGACGUUUCUCGAAAAGGGGAUCCCGCUCAGCGACCUCAUGGAGGGGGUCCUGGGCGCUUUCCGCGAUGCCGAGCGCGCGCUGGGGGGGAUCAGCGCCGGGCUGAUCAUCAGUACACACCGGCAUCGGUCCGAAGCGGACGCGCUGCACUUGCUCGACCUGAUCACGCCGUGGAAAGAACAUAUCAUCGGCAUCGGCAUGGGCGGUGCCGAGUUGCCCAACCCACCCUCCAAGUUCGCGCGAUUCUUUGCGGCCUGCCGCGAGCGUGGCUUCCGCACCUGUAUCCACGCUGGCGAGGAGGGUCCCAGCGACUAUGUGCGCCAGGCCGUCGAGGACCUCCAGGUCGACCGGAUCGACCACGGGAUCGCGUGUGCGUCGGACGCGGCGCUGGUCGCCGUGCUGGUUGCCAGGCGCACGCCACUGACCGUGUGUCCCGUGUCGAAUGUCAAACUCGGCGUCGUGCCGUCGCUGGAGGCGCACCCGUUGCGCGACUUGCUCGAUGCGGGGCUCGUGGUGACGAUCAACUCAGAUGACCCGCCGUACUUUGGGGCGUAUAUCAAUGAGAACUUUUUGCGGUGUCAGGCGGCGCUGGGCCUUGACUUUGGCCAGAUUACCGUCCUUGCUCGGAAUAGCAUCGCGGCCUCGUUUUUGGAUGAACAGGCCAGGCGCGCUCUUCUUUCGAGGGUGGAUGCGUAUUGCGCCGAGUUUUGAGCGCUUGCAUGCUCUAAUUCGAGGAUGGUUAUGAUGUAGAGGGCUUGCCUGGCGCUGGGCUCUCUCCAUUACAGAUACGCAGCCUGUUAGAGUCUUAAUACUGCCCAACUUGUGAUCGAGAUAGUGAUACUACAGUUCUACAGCUGACGCCAGAUGCAGGGGAUACUCACCACAUAAAGUCUCUAGAUUAAUGGCUCUCGUCAUAGCGCCAGCUUGAAUAGGAGUGUUAACUUGAUCUAAGGAUUGUGUAUGUAAGUAGCAAAAGUGCCUUCAUCAUGUAACAGGCCAUACUCAUACUGAAUGAUAUAUAAAAUGCCAAGUGAAAACUGGACUUCCGACCUGAAGUCCUCUAAUAUACAAGAAUGUAAUCUUUCUCAACAUGCAAUCUGGAUACCCCUUUACCGUUUCGACUGGAAUGGUCCUCCAAGGGAGGUCCUUGGAGCCCAAUCCCCUCUCUACUUUCAGCCUUCCCUAGGGCUAUCUACAAGCACUGCCAAUACCAGUCAUUCUGAACCUGGCAAGUGUACGGGCUCGCACAGGCAGUCGGCCCUGUCCAGCCCUUUCCGCCGCACUGUCCCCACCGCUCAGCGGUUCCGGAAGGAGCAGAGCAGCCGGUUCUGGUCUUUGUGGUGGAAGUCGAAGUGGAAGUGGAAGUCGUCUGGUCGCUUACAGGCUUGGCCGUCUUGGUCGUGGUCGAGGUCGUUGCAGCACUGGUCGUGGUGGUAGGAGCGGUGGUAGUUUCGGCAGCAGAAGUGGUGGUCGUCUUUGUAGUUGUCUCUGUAGCAGAGGUUGUGGUCGUGCUAGCACUCUUUGCGGUGGUCGUCGUCGUAGUCGUAGUCGUCGUUGUUUUGGAUGACGAUGACGAAGAGGGAGACGAAGACGAAGACCCAUCAGGGAAGUACUGCGACAGCAGAUCCAAGUACGCCCCAUAAGCGACACCCGACGCCGGCUCCAGACUGUACAUGUAAUCCCCCCACCACGGCCCAGCCGACCACCAAAGCGCACCGUGCCACACAUCCUCAUUGUCCUCCAGGUAGUUCAGCAGAUCGGUGACGGCACUCUUGCAGACAUCAUUAUUCCCGCCCGCAAACUCACCCAGGACGCCAAUCUUGCCGUUCUCGCGGAGCCAGGCUGUCGCCUUGGCGAGGCGCUCACUGCCGAUUGUGGAGCUCGUGCAGGUCUCGGAUGUGCCGGACGAGUCGCCGUCGAGGUACUGGUGCAUCUCGUAGAUGAGCUUGUCGGAGGGGUCGACCAGGUUCGCCAGGUUGUCGUUGUAGCUUGUCCAGUCCCAGGCGCCGGACCAGGAGUUGCCUUCGACGAAGAUGUACUGCGAGGUGGUGACGUCGCGGAUGGCGUCGAUGGCGGCUUGGUUGAGGUUCAGAACGAGGGUUUGG